GUGAAAACCAGACGCGAGAGGGCAAAAGUGUUCUGCUGAUGUCUCGUCAUGUGACUCAUCUUACAGUACAGCCCAAAUCAACUCUGGUCUCCGUUGGUAAACCAGAAGAUGCUGAUCAUAGUUCACGUACUGCUCGUGCUCGAACUUGGAGGAUUCACAGCCGAUCCCAUCUUUGAGACACAGACUGUUGGUGUUGGACAGAAUGUGAAUCUAACAUGUGAACGCCAGAAAGAUUGGCCUCGUGCAUACUUACACUGGAUCAGACUUGUUUCUGGAAACUUUCCUGAAGUUUUAGGAGGAACAAUGGCCUUCGAUCUGGAGGAUUAUGUUGAGACUCGUCGCAUAACAGCAAAACAAGAGCCUGGAAAAUUUGUUUUGCAUAUUCUGGAAACACAGUUGGGCGAUACUGCAAUCUAUUACUGUAUAAAAGUGGUACAGUUAAAGAUGACAAUCUUGAAAGGAACAUUUCUGAGAAUUAAAGGACCAGAACCUGAUGUCACUGCCAUCACCCAAGACUCUCUGUCUGAUCCGGUCCGUCCAGGAGACUCAGUGUCUCUGCAGUGUUCAGUCCUCUCUGACUCCCAGAACAAACCGUGUCCAGGAGAUCACAGUGUGUUCUGGUUCAGAGCCGGAUCAGAUGAAUCUGAUCUCAGUUUCAUUUACGCUCAUGGAAACAGUGGUGCUGAAUGUGAGACGAGUCUCGAGGCUCGAUCUCCACAGAAAUGUGUCUACAGCUUCUCUAAGAACGUCAGCUCCUCUGAUGCCGGGACUUAUUACUGCGCUGUGGCCACAUGUGGAGAGAUUCUGUUUGGAAAUGGAACAAAACUGGACACUGAAGUGAUCGGCACGUGUGACAGUAUGAUCGUCCUUCUGUUGUGUGCUGCUGUGGCUGUAAGUCUGAUCGUGAUAGGCGUCCUUGUGUUUGCCAUCAAGAAAAAGUCUUGCGAUUGUUGUAAUGCUGUUGUCACUCCGCAAACAAACACUGCAGCGGUCAGGGGUGAUCAGCAAAGUCAGCAGAGAAAUGAGGACGCUUUGGUUUAUUCUAGACCAACUUUUACUCAGAAGAAACCCCAAAAAUCAGGAAGAAGACGUGCAAGAGAGGAGGAGACGAUCUACAGUGAUGUCAGGAAUUUUGUGAUAGAUUAACAAUCUCAGCACUGGAUUGAUUGAUUGACUAUAUUAAUGUGGAAGUUUUGACCUCUUGCAUGUGUUUCUCAGCAUCACUAGUUGCUCAUUUUUCACUGGAUUGGGUUUGAAUUUGUUCUGGACAUCCAAGAGACUGUAAGGAAACCUGCCAACAUGUAUUCAGUUAAAUCAUUGCUGCUGGAUUGUUACAGUAAUCAUAUUAAUACUAGAAGAAUUUUUAUCAGAACAAAUCUGUCUUUUUCAGAAAUUUAAAUAUUUGACUUUCUUGCAACUAAGCUUUGGUUCUGUGUUGUGUUAAUGUGGUUCUAUCACAUCCUGAAGUUAUUGAUCCAGCCUAAGAAAUGAUUACCACAGAUUUUGUUAGAUUUUGCGUUUGCUUUUUCCUCAGGUCCUUAAAAUAAUGUAAUGAAUUGGCUAAAUUAAUGUAUUUUAUAAGUGAAUAUUCAUCUUGCAGAACUGUGACACGAGCUGCCUUCUGUAAGUUUCAUCUGCAGUUUUAAAGCUGUUAACUUCCUCUCAGGAUUCUUAUCUACUGUAUGCAUCAGUGCAAAACAAUCGCACUGAAUGGAUUUAUUGUGUGUGUGCAUUGUUGUUUCCUUUGUUCAUAAACCAUCUAUAAAGACACA